UUCCGGUUUGCCUGUUGGCUAGCCGGUUAGCAUGUGGACGGUUGUGGAAUCAGCGCAUUUGACUUCGUAUCCUGUUACAGACUGACCUACAAAGAGUCAUUUCUUCCACUUGGCUUUAUUCGUUAUUUUUGUAAGUCUAUUGGUAAUAUUUUUCCCAUUUAUCUUUAUUUGUGUGGCUUCCCUCUGAUCUUUUUCGCCAGGAACAGAAACACUGCCUAAACAGCUAGAAACGGUGACGGUGAGAUGGCAGCCAAUGGAGCAAGCUGUGAGCAGCCUCAGAAACGAGCAGGACCCAAAGAUAAACAGAACGGCAAGUCCACAGACUUGUUAUUGAGAGAGAGACGACAGAAGGACAAAGAGGAGCGUUUGUCUCUCGUGCUGUGGAGGAGGCCGGUUGUCACUCUACACUAUUUUCUUCUGGGGACCCUCGUGAAGCUAAAGGAAUGGACUUUUGAGCUUUGGCACCGGCGAGGCACAGUGUUUGUAUUUUUGUUGUUAUGCUUCCUGUUCUCGAUCACAUACUCCACUGAUGGAUCGCACCAAACGUAUGUUCUGUACCUGGAGAAGAAGUUCCUGUGGUGUGCCUACUGGGUGGGCCUUGGAAUCCUGUCCUCAGUGGGACUGGGGACGGGUCUGCACACGUUCCUCCUUUAUCUGGGUCCUCACAUAGCUUCAGUCACCCUGGCAGCGUAUGAAUGUGGAUCCAUAGAUUUCCCAGAGCCUCCGUACCCCGACCAGAUCAUCUGUCCUGAAGAUGGAGGCCUGGGGGACAGCAUCUCCAUCUUCUCAAUCAUGUCCAAGGUCCGGCUGGAGGCCUGCAUGUGGGGUGCAGGGACGGCCAUCGGAGAGCUGCCUCCGUAUUUUAUGGCCAGAGCGGCUCGUCAAUCAGGAACUGAUCCAGAUGAUGAGGAUUACGAGGAAUUUGAGGAGAUGCUCGAGCAAGCAGAGGGUGCACAGGAUUUUGUUACAAGAGCAAAACUGGGUGUUCAGCACAUGGUGCAAAAAGUGGGAUUCUUUGGGAUCUUGGCUUGUGCCUCUAUUCCCAAUCCUCUCUUUGACUUGGCGGGAAUAACCUGUGGGCAUUUCCUGGUUCCCUUCUGGACUUUCUUUGGAGCAACUUUGAUCGGGAAAGCCAUUAUCAAGAUGCACAUACAGAAACUUUUUGUUAUCAUUACCUUCAGCAAGCACAUAGUGCAGCAAAUGGUGUCACUCAUCGGGUCUGUUCCUACAAUAGGACCAUCACUCCAGAAGCCCUUCAGUCAGUACCUGGAAGCCCAGAAGAACAAGCUGCACCAUGCUAGAAAGAGUGGACCAGCGGAUGACAACUGGCUGUCGUGGGUGUUUGAGAAGGUGGUGCUUGUCAUGGUUUGCUACUUUGUCAUCUCCAUCAUAAACUCCACGGCUCAGAGCUACGCCAAGCGACUGCAGCAGCUGAGGCACUCUGAAGAAAAGAGCAAGUGAUGGCGAAGCAAAGCGCCUCAUGCAUCCAAGUGACUGUGUUUCUGCAGCUGCUGCUCACAACUUACCAACGAACCUCACCCAUCUCCAUCGCUCAGAGAGGCCGGAGGCAUUAAGAUUAAAAAGAAACAGGCAUUUAAUGCUUGUGUGUGUGUGUGUGAGAAAGAGUCUGCGCACGUGCUAUCAAGGAUGUCUGGGCUGUGUUUUGUUUCUGUCGAGUUUUAUAGUUUUUCUCAUCUCACUCUGCGCGAGUGUAGCGUGACUGACUCCUGCUAGCGGUCUUAAGAUGUUACUUUAAUAUUAAAUUAAUCCAUUCAUUAACCUCAGAAGAAAAGCGGAGAUUUGAUGGUAGCUGCUAUGCUGAGGGCAGCGCCCAUCAGAUGCUAUGCCUUAUGCAAGUUGGGAAUGCCUGAAUUUCCUUGAACAUAGCUCUUGACUUAAGGACUUGAUUUUUAUUUAAUUAUGAAACAUAUGUGUGGAUGGGAGUUAAUUUUAUUUUUGCGAUGUGCUGCCAAAACAACUGCAAACUGAUAAUUUUUCUUUUCAGUCUUUUCAGGGUUUUCAUGGUAAAUAUUCAGACAUAUUUUUUCUUUUUUUUAUUUCUAUUACUGUCAGUUCAAAGUGAUUGGGAGGGUUUAAAAAAAGCAAUAUCAACUUAUAAAGUGGGGUAUGUAUGGUUUGCACAUUGUGUAAAUAUGUUUUUUGACUGUAUGAUCAGAUGUGUUUCUAUUCCAGUUGUUGCUGUGAACAAGAACCAAAAUACUAAAAAAAAAAAAACAUAAGGCAGUAACAUUGUAAUCUCAGCAAAUGGUCCCAUUUCUAUACUGUACAUUUAGGUCAGAUCAUAUAUAAAAUGUGGAAUUGACA